AUGCCCGCAGACGACUCCAGGCAGGAUUCAGGAGUGAAUGCUCGACCGCGACUUGCGAGGGAUACGGCGAGCACAGAUCGGCUUCUAUCGUAUUACCAGUCUGCGCUGGCUGGGAAGGAGACCUAUGGCGAGCCGUACAGCGAGCACGGUGUUACGCCGACCUCAGUUAAAAACACCGUGCGAUUGAUUCACCAUAAAAGAGAAAACUCGACAGGCUCUUCUUGUUCAUCAUCCAGCGACUACUCAGCCGAUUCUCCCUUGGCCAGCCCUACGAAUACGACACCGUCCACUUCGUCUUCUACCUCAAGAGUCAGGCGUAGAUCCAGCAUUCCUUCAGAGGGUGGGGAAGAUAGAAGGAGACUAGCAGUCGUUGAAAUGGAUGUACAUUCUGGUAAAACAAGAACUGAUAAGCGACCCUCGCCCAGCGAUAUACGGUCUCGACGCGGUGUCAACACGCGUUUAGAAGGCCUGGCGCUAGUGGCGCCUCCGGAUGCUGCGCCUCGGACGUAUACACAGCUCACUCCUCCCCCCACAGCCCCCAUUGUCGGCCCUUCGGUUGAUCGGGUGUCGCGUUCCAACGACUCGAAUGCGCUUCACCAACGCUCUGCAUCUGAAGCAGUGGUCGGUCUGCGCCAUAAGACGUCGCGGGAUGUCGGUAUCGUUGGGACUUCGAAGUCCAUUCCCCCAUCAACUAAUGCACCCAAAUUGCAUGGUAACCAACAGGGCGUUAAUCCCGGUUCUUUGAAGCCUCCAAUCUUUCAGCGCCCACAAACACGAUCGCCCUCGCCUGGGGGCACCUCGGACGCGUCGGACUCGUCCUUUAGAAGAAACUUAUCGACUCCCCAACAAGCACCCCCCAUGCUAGCGCACCAUACAACCUACCCCAUCCUCACGCCUGAGAUCGGCCAAGCGAAACAGAUCGGUGCACCUGUCGCAUCGCCUGUUAUAGUGAAUAUAAACAACGCCUACUCCACGAAUACACGCCUCGAUAGCCCGUUCAGCGCACCUGAUGACCCGAAGUCAAUACCUUCUCCGCGGCUCCCUGUGUCCCCUACAAUGUCCUAUCUUCGUUACCAACCCGGGCUGCACGCCACCGCUGGUCCGUUGCCUCCACCCCCGAAAGCCAUCGGUCUGGAGUCGAGCUCUCCUCCGCCACCCCGUCCACCUCGCCUCCACUCGCCUCCCAUAACACGUCGUCGCGGCGACAUAGACGCCGUUCGUCAAGCUCUGCAACUUCCCCCUUCCGUAUCUGCCGUCCUUGCCUCUAAACUUCCUUCAUCCACCAAUCGCAGUUCAUCACCGUCGUCUUCCGCAACAAAGCUUAAUCCGUCUACCCAACCAACCCGAAACGCCAAUGACACCACAUCAGAUCACCGAGAGUCAGCUAGUGUACUGUCGACUACGGCUAUUCAGGGAUCUCACAUUUCGGAGAAGCCCAACCACGUACGCGAGGGCGCCUUCCCUCCAUCAGCCUCCAGCUCACUGGCGUCCACCAAUGGCUCUAUGGAUGAUGCGCGCGCGAAAGGUAGUAAUGACCAAGCUGGCAGCAGAAGUAAAUCACCACCACUACGAACUCAGUCACCCGCAACAAUGCCUCAGGUUCCGGAAGAAGGACCGCCAGUGAUUAGCUUGAGAACUAAUGCCACUCCACUGCACGGUGAUGGCGUAUCAGUACAAGCGUCACCGCCCGAGCCUAUAUCAAACACGAAACCAUCUUUAGACAGCCCGGUCAGUAUAAAUGUAGCUCCUGCAACACCCGCAUUGGACAAUGAGGCGUACAAGGACGCUUCCUCUGCAAUGCUUCCGACACCACCUGCAGAAGACAGUGGGUCCGACUUCGGGGAUACACCGAGCCCCCCACCCAAGAGUCUAAGGAAUAGCUGGACGGCAAACCUCAAGCGGUUCUCGUCGCUUCCUCGUACGCCUUCCCCCCAGUCAAAGAGGUCGUCAGCAGGUAGUAGUUUGUACCGGAAUCGAACGACACGCACCCCUUCACGAUCACGAUCACCGUCACCCUUGUCCACUCCCUUGCAUCACGAAGACUUCUUGGAUACUCCCCAUGCCCGCCCACGACCACCACCCCGCAUUGAGUACAUAUCACCUUAUCCCCCUGCAAUGUAUUGCGGCGAUGUCACCUGUAAGAAGACUGCAUUAGAGCGCUGUGCUGGAUAUGCUGCCAAGAUCAAUGAACUUUACGUCACUGAUUGUGGAUUAGCCGGCUGGCUCCAGACAAGUGGCAUAGGACUUCGGAGCCCGAAGAAGCAAAGUAACAUGCUUUCCGCUUCACCUUCUCAGAGCUUCACCCCUCAGCCACGUCAAACUUCUGGGUCUUCUACAUUCUCUGAAGUCACUUUCCCUCGCCGACCAGAUGCGACAUUAGCUACGGAUCUGUCACCACGCCCUUCACAAGAUGUACCUCCUACCGCGCCUGCCCUUCCUUAUCCCUCCCUGAUGCUACAACCACCCACGCGUUCCUCGACGAUGAUUAGCGCAGCUCCGUCGUCUUUGCGAUCUAUGGUUUCUCCGCAGUCAGCGAGGACCGGAUUUUUCGCUUCCCUUGGACGACGAGCAAGCCUCAAGAAAGAACGACCACUACCUCACACGAUCCUUACACAUUCUACAAAUAAGCUCAUGAAACCUGGCCCAGCUAGCCCCCAUCCACGCCCUGUUAACUUAUCCAACAAUCCAUCUGUACCCGGUGGUCCUCGUGCUCCUCCUAAUCGCAUGACUCGAGCUUCUACUAUGAUGGUAGCACCCAUGACUGCCCAACCUUCCCCAAGCUCAGAAACUCGUCCGUCUUCUUUUGAACGUGGAGCCCCCAUGAAGCGUGGAUCGACCAUGAUUCAUGGGCCGAAGUCGCAGCACAAUCACGCACCAUCGUCUGGGGACGAAGUCUUGGAUAUCAGGCAUGAUUCUACAGACUUCAUGAAGCAGGUUGAUAAGCUUUCGGACCUUCUGCCACACGCUGAUAAGGCCGUUCUGGCUGGUUAUUUGCGUCGAGCGGGCCAGGACAUGCUUGCGAUCGGGCAAUAUCUCGAAGACGAGAAGAAUGGCGCGAUUCGGAGGGCCUAA